GCGGUAGAAACGGAUUGCGCAGCACUAGGGACGGGCCGUCCCGCUUGAAAUGUGGAAUCUACGUCCCCCAUCACUCUCUUGCCUUGGGAUCUUGUGUGAUGUGGAUGUUAAGCAGCUCACAAUACCGUGUGAGGUGGUACAUGAUCCUGACCCAAUUAGAAUAGAGAUCACACAGGCAGCCAUCGCACAGCCUCGCUAACCCCUCAUUUACUUUCAACAGUCAAGGUGAUCAAAGAUCUUUUACAAUAACUCAUGAGCGCAGAAGCACGUGAAUUCAUUGCCUGACCACGAUGGAGGUACUCAGUGUUGCGGCCAACGUCAUCGCAGUCGUUGAGUUGUCCGCCAAUGUGAUUAGGCAUUGUGUGCAAUAUGCCCAGGACGUCAAACACGCUAAAGACGACAAAGCGCGACUGUCCCAAGAAGCAACCCACCUGCAUUUAGCAUUGAAGAAUGCUGACGAUUUACUAAAUGGUCCGCAGGGUGCAAGGCUCAAGGGUUCCAGGGCACUCUUUGUCGCAACGGGAAACAGCGAAGCCCAACUUCGACGGCUGGACGAACUGCUUGCCUCUGGACAGACAACUAAGUCCGGGAGAAAGGCAGGCUUAUAUGCUAUGAAAUGGCCGUUUCAAAGCAAGGAGGUUGAAACACUUAUCCAUGGCCUCAGGCAGUGCACUGAGGCCAUCUCUUCAGCCCUGCAAGUUGACCAGACCGCGAUUAUUCUUGACAUCGACCAGAGAACCGCUCUCGACCGACUCCCUGUCGCCAAAGGGGCAAGCUACGACUCUCGUGCUGAGGAACACGAUCCAACCUGCCUGCAAAAUACCCGGGUCGACAUCCUCCGACAAAUACAAGAAUGGGCCAAGGACCCUAAUGCCAAGGCUAUUUUUUGGCUUAACGGCAUGGCUGGCACGGGAAAGUCUACGAUAUCCCGUACGGUUGCUCGGUCUUUUGAAAGCUCAGGUCGUCUUGGUGCCAGCUUCUUCUUCAAGAGAGGAGAGGCUGACCGAGGAAGCUUAGCAAAGUUCUUCACAACACUCGCAGCCCAGUUGGCCGAGAGAGAAGCCGCUAUCACUCCACAUAUCAAGGCUGCUAUCGAUGCUGAUCCUAACAUUGCUGGAAAGGCAGUACGAGAGCAGUUUAAGAGGCUUAUUAUGCAGCCGCUGGGAAACACUGCUCAAGACGCUCGAUCAUCAGUUCCCUUAGUGGUUAUUGUUGAUGCCCUUGACGAAUGCGACCGGGAUGAGGAUGUCAAACUUCUUAUUAAUCUUUUCUCUUGCACGAAAGAUCUGCAGUUUCCAAAACUAAGGAUCUUCGUCACGAGCAGGCCAGAGCUGCCAAUUCGACUUGGCUUUCACGCUGUGAAGGGCACAUAUUAAGAUCUUGUACUUCAUGAAAUACCAUCUGGUAUUAUUGAGCAUGAUAUCUCUGCGUUUUUCGACUAUGAGCUUGUAAAAAUCAAGACCGAGUACAACUCAUCUGUGUCUAAAGAUUGACACCUACCACUCGACUGG